UUUUCUUUUUCUAUGCUAUGCAAGUUUUCAACUUCUUCACACCCAAACUUUAUUAUUCUCUUCAAUAAUAACAAUGACAUACACCAACCAAAAUUCCAUAAGAAUUUUCUAGCUAUCUCUUGCUGAAUCAAACCAUAGUAGUAGUGCAAGCUUAAUUUCUUCAUCACUUCUUCCAUCAUCUCUUAUGGUCCUUGUUGGUGUCAGAUCAGACAGUGUGGUAGGUGUUCAAGUAUCCAAUAUUGCAGAUAUAUACCUAAGAGGGACAACCAUCAAAUCCAACAGUGGAGAGACUUAACAUCUUGGAAUUAAUUUCAUUACUAUUGUUGUCUGAUAUAUAUAUAUAUAUACAUGGAGGAACAGAUGAAAAUUAUUGAGAAUCAAAAGGUACUGAAAGUACAGCUAAACUCUGCAAGAACCAGCAGCAGCAACAAACAAUGAAAGAGAUUGACAUUUACAUAAGAUGAAUAACAGUAAUAGUCCAAAAGACCCAUCAGAUUUUCCACUAAAACAAGAGAGUAGUGAUCAUCAUCAACAUGAAAAGGCAUCAUCAUCAUCAGCAGCAGCAGCAGCAAAGGCUUCUUCAUCAUCAUCAUCAUCACAAUGGCUAAGGUUGAAGGAUCCAAGAAUUGUUAGGGUAUCAAGAGCAUUUGGAGGAAAAGACAGGCACAGCAAGGUUUGCACAAUAAGAGGGUUGAGAGACAGGCGUGUGAGGCUUUCAGUUCCAACAGCAAUUCAGCUCUAUGAUCUUCAAGAUAGGUUAGGGCUUAAUCAACCUAGUAAGGUUGUUGAUUGGUUGUUAAAUGCUGCUAAGCAUGAAAUUGAUGAGCUUCCACCUUUGCCACAUAUUAAUAAUCCCUUCACUAACCUUAGUGGUUUUCCAUCAUCAUCUUCUAAUUCUAUGAUCAAUACUAAUGAAGCUAGCACCUCAAUGUUCAAUAUCAAUAGGAGCAUUCAUCAGUGGCAAGGUUUAGCACAGAAUUAUUCUAAGUGGAAUAAUAACAAGUCAAAGUCAUCAUCAUCUACUAAACAAGCUUCAUCAGAAGAUAAUAAUCAAAUGGUUACUGAAGAGGAUAACAAUAACAAGGAAGAGGAGGAAGGUGAAGAAGAAGGUGCAAAUGUUGUUUCUACUACAAAUCAUCAUCAUCAUCCUUCAUUCCUAGGUUUGCUGAAUACUAUGCCAAUUGGUAACUACCAAUUUGAGCAACAUAACUCAUCAAAUGAUGUUAAUGUUGCUCAAUUGGGAAACCAUAAUCAUGGAUUUAUUACAAACCAAACAGAUUUGCAAAGCAUUAAUGUUGUCCCUUUUCCAUCAACAUUGUCCUUAUCAACCGGUGGGAACAAUAUAACACACUCAUACUUCCCUUCACAUUCAUCAGAAGCAAUGGAUCCAAGACAAGAACAACAAAUCAAUCAUCAUCAUCAUCAGUAUCAUCAGAUGUUGUCCUCUCAUCAUCUUCAUCAAAAUCUCUUGACAAAUAAUCUUCCAUCUUUCAGCUUGGCUAUGAUGAGCACUCCAAUCCUUCUCCACCAUUCUCACAACACAAGAGAAACUAGUCAUCAAUCUCAUCACAAAGAUCACCAUUUUCCUUCUUCCAAGUGAUGAUGAUUCUACAAGAAGUCAUGCAUGGUACAAAACUUAAUCCAAAAUUUAUUUCUUCUUCUUCCCUUUUAAAAUAUAUGCAUGGAUGAAGCUAAGGAGGAGUGUGAGGAAAAGCUCCAUUAGUGACAAGGUUUGGUUGAAUAAUAACCAUGUCGUUUGUGAAUGCAUGUUUUUGGAUUUUCUACUUUAAUUUCUUGAAUUAAGUAGGGCUUUAUUUAUUUGAAUUUUUGCUCGUUUAGUUUGAAUCUUUUUUUUAUUACAUGUUGUUGAAUGGUCUAAUAAACUAAGAUUUUGGCUUUCUAAGAGUAGUUCUCUUGCAUAAUAACAAAGAGAACAAGUGCACACCUUGUUCAUUUAAUUUGUAAGACAUGGCACCAUUAU